AUGCGCCUCUCGACGCCGUACUGCGCAUCAUCGACCAGGACCCUGGCCGCCGCCGCCACGGUCUCCUCCUCCACUCGUGCAUCUACCCAGGAAUCCAGGAGGCAUCACCUGGCCUUCUCUGUGCCGGAUUCCGACAGGUUUGCGACCAAGCUGAAGAACCCUGGCACAGACUUGUUCGCGAAGACGCAACCCGAUGGCCGCGCGCGCCAGGUGUUCUUCCUCGACCGGGACGGGAAUCAAAUUUUCAAUGGAGGAAGAUGGCCUCAGCUUUUUUGGUUGCUACUGUAUCUCCAAUAG